AUGGACAAGUAUAAAAAUGCGGCUAGGGAUGUUUUGAUUCCCAAAGUUGGGUAUGGUUUAGCUGAUGAGUUGAAAAGGUCAGGGUUUUGGGUUGUCACUGUUUCGAAUAGGCCACAAGCAGCGGAUAUUGCAUUGAGGGAUCACAUGGUGGAUGUGAUGGACAGGAGGAAAGCAGAGUGCUUGGUGCUAGUGUCCGAUGAUUCGGAUUUCGGUGGUGUUUUGAAGGAGGCAAAACUGAGGUGUUUGAAGACUGUUGUUGUGGGGGAUGCCGAUGAUGGGGCACUGAAAAGGGUUGCGGAUGCCGGGUUUUCUUGGACCGAAAUAUUGAUCGGAAAGGCGAAGAAGGAGUUAGUAUCUGUUGUGGGGAAGUGGAAAGACCGUGAUAUCUUGAAGAGACUGGAGUGGACUUAUAAUCCAGAGAUGGAGAGGAAGUUAUACGGCUCUGAAGAUACAACGUUUGAUGAUGAGAGUGAAGAUCAGGAUUUUGAAAGUACUGAUUAUAUGCAUAAGGAAGAUUAUUCUGCUGUAUGGUGGGAGUUGGACACUGAAUCUGAUGCUGACCCUUCAAAUUCUUAG